AAAAGGUCAUGAUAGUACAUGUUGUGUUCACAACUUGUUUCCGCGGCUGCUAAGUGGCCAAAAAAUCAGUUGACACAAAUUUAAGUUCAUAAUUAUAGUAACUAUAGAUCACCCCUUUAAAGGAUAAUUCUGGUUUAAUACAACUUGGUUAUUUUUGUAAUUUUUAACUUCAUUUCUAUCAGGUGUGAUAAAAUUGUACUCAACUACAGUGUAGUCUGAUGGGGCAAGAAACACAAGUGGUCAGACAAUCAGACAGGUUGUGAAUAUACAUUUUAACUAGAUUAUAUAAACCACUUUUUGGGGGUAAAACUUAAAGUUAGCACACCCAAAAUGAUGGUUGUUCAUUGAGCAGGAAAACUGUGUGAGAACACAACUACAGGAAGCUGGUCAAAGCUGAACCAGGACGUCAUUAAAGUGUGAAGGAUGUUUAUAUUAAGCAAUUUGGCCACUUCUCUUUUGCUUCUAAAUAAGUUUGACUAACCUGACAGUUUGUUUGCUGCUCAUGUUCACUGCCUUAUCAAACUUUUUUCCACAAUAUUCCCAGAUCGCAGCAAUUAAUUUGGCUACUACAUUUCUUUUAUUACUGAGGGGAACAAUGGUCGACUGUAAAGCUAUGAAAAUAAGACCCAUGUUGUGAAAAUGGAUUUAUCCUUUUGGACCACAGAAGUGUUGCUCAUUGUCCUGAAAUCAUUCAAAAUAGGUCCAAAAUAGAAAAAGGUAACCAGUUUGAACCAAAUAAAUGCCAUGGAGUCUCAAUGAGUCAUGUGAAUCAUUCCUACAGGGACGAAGAGCUCCAGUUGUGGAUAUCCUCGGGUGAGAUGAUGCAGGCCGAUGAGGAGCUGCAGCCGAUCACCUGCUUCUGUAUCCUUGCUCAAAGAGGAAGUGCAGCCCCUCAGUUAUGGAGGAACAAAGACUCCAGAUCAAGCUUGGUAUCACGGUCUUCACCCUUCUUUCUCUCUCUCUUCUCUCUUCGACACUGUUGUCUUCCAAGGGUGCCUAUCUGUCCCUCAACAUUUACAUCUUCUUUUGCCUCAAAAUGCCCAGAGGAGGCCCUUUGGACAAGAAUUAUAUUAAAUAUGCGGGACAUUUUCAGUGUGAUCACAAAGGAUUUAAACAUGACAACCCACCAGGAUACUAUUACUAUGAAUCAGCAUAAUAAGUUCAUCAUUUUCUAUAAUGAGGACAUACCACCACAAUUUUUUAGUUACUUUUGCUACGCUCAGGAUUGUUGGAAAUCCAUAGGGAAUACUUUUUGCAAUAGUGAUAACAGCAUUGUGUCAAGUGAUUUAAAAGACUUUACUUCCCACUGGCUCGACAGUCCCGACACUGACAACUCAAAGGAAUAUCAGAGUGAAACGGCUGUCAGAGACAAUUUAAAUACAUGCAAACUUAAAAGUCUUUUGAAAUCCUGUCAAAACUACAACCAUCCAGGGAAAUCAUCAGGGAUGAAGAGGAAUAUAAUAAAGAAGAAGACUGUGUCCUUCGUGGAGGAUGUUGUGGUCUACCUGUUUGAUCAGGAGAGUCCCACCCUGGAGCUGCACUCAGAGACCUGCACAUCUCUGCCAGACAACCUGCCGGAUGUCACAUUAGAGGACAGUGGCUUGGAGUGGGAGGACGAUUUCUCUGCUUUGGAGAAGAACUGCCAGUUUCAGUGUGUCAGACGCUCAGUAUCUCAGAGCUACACCCUUUCCCUGCCAACGCAGAGCUGGACGUCUAUGUCUGAGCCAGAGCCUUUCUUUCUGUCCCAAACCUGCCUGUACCUCACCCAUGUCACUGAGUCUGACCUUGAGCUGUGAGAUAAAGGACAGCCAGCCUUGGCCUAAUGGAAAAACUGACUAAUCAUCCAGAUCUCAUCCUCUUCACCUCUAACUCAUCUCCCCACCUCCCUCCUCUUUUAUGAUGAGUCAGGGAUGAUUUUAAUGGCUGUUUUCCUCUCUGCUCCAAAUGGAUUCAAAGCACCUGCCGUUCAUGACAUCACAGCCUUGCAGGGCUGUGCGACAGUGCAUUCAGCGUUCACAGUUGUUGGUAUGACAUGAUCACUGACUGCGAUGUGAUUAAACAGUCAGUUGCAUAAGAGCACUGGUACCUUUCCAGCUGCAAACCGUUUUGGAAGCUGCUGUUAAUGCAAGGUUGUGUCCUUGGACCUGAGCUGUGAAAUGACAUACAUUUACAUUGGUAUAAUAAAUUAUUUGUGUCUGAAAUCCCAUUUUAUCUUAAAAAUGAUGUAACACAUUCCAGAUUCAUUGUGGUUUCAAGAUACAAAAAGUAUAUGUUGUUUAUACAGUUUGUUUUGCUCAAACAGAGCAUGCUUGUGGAGGCCCUGUUUGCUUGCCUCAUUACUGAAGUGUAUUCAGCUCUGAAUUUAUCAGCGGCUGUGGCUAAAUAAACAGUGUAAGCCUUAGGGCCAAUGGAGGCAGAAACUGAACAAACUAAAAGUAAUAGAUAAUGUUUCCACAGAGCCAGCAUCAGCGAGGUUUGGUUGAUUAGAUACAGUGUACCUGAGGAGGAAAGGAAACCUGGCAGGACCAGACACACACACACGCACACACAAACACACACAUACACAAACACACACACAGACACAGACACACGUGUAAGCUGUUCAAGGACACCAAAACCACUGGCAGUGCAGCUAAAAGUGUUUUCUACUAAGAGCUGGGAGCGUCACACCUGUACAUUACUGUUGUUGUUAUGUGGUCAGUGCUGCUAAAAGCCAUAUAGUGAAAUUAAAUCAGUAAUAACUGAACCAUAAAGUUUGUGUUUGUGCCAAAGUAUUUUCCCAAAUUUGCUGUUAAAUUUACUGUUAACUUACGGUACAGUAAAACAGUAAAAUGUGUUUGAAUGUUGCUAUAAGCUUAAGAGUAGGUGUGUUCAACAUGGAUACACGUGGGUGAGGGUUGGGGUUUGGGGGUAAUACAUGCAACAAUGGUUCCCAGCAGCCCCCAGGUCAAACAGACAGUGGGAUUACUGCAAGAUCACACGUCGAUGUGAGGAGGGGGUGUGAUGGUGAUUAUUCAAAUAAGGUUAAUUAUGUUAUUUAUGUUCUGUCUUGUUUAUUUAGUAUCUUUGUUUAGUUCUACUGUAGUUUCAGGGCAUUCAGAAACCUACUGGAUCCCAGUCUUUCACUGCAGGAUUUGUCCGGUAGAAAGUAAAUAAUGUGACAGUUUAAAUGAGAUAUGAUUCUGUACAUUCAGGGGCAGCCUUGAGGACUGUAUUCAAAUGAAGCAGUAGAGGAUGAUAAGCCACAAACUAUAUUAACUGCUUGGAUGACAAACUAAAAUGCAGUGUUCAAUGUCCUUUACAUAUUCUUUUAACUAACUCACUUAACUUCUAGUGUUUAGUAGAGACAUACUACUAUUGUGUAGUACAGAGAUACACUAAAUUAAGCAACAAAUGGUCAAACAUUUACAAACAUUUGUUCAAAAACUCCAGUAUUGACCAAUAUUGCUUUUGCUAUUUUAUUAUUGAAUAUUGGAUAGUGACUAGUUGUGUCAUCUGCAACCAAUAGGAUAAUCUUUGACAAAUAAUGUAUUUUAAAAGAACAAAACAAACAAACAA